UUGAGGCCCGGCUAGCCUCUUUGGGGCCCCUGGGAUUUGCAUGUGAUCGAGCCGGGGGGUGGCCGCCCAGCUUCACUCGCUCUCACUUGCUACAUAUCGCCCUCGCCCCCCACUGCCUCGUACACACUAAUUCUCAACAGGUGCCAGAUUGGAGUUGCCUCGUGUCCAGCAUGUUGUUUGCUUUGUUCUCAAAAGAAGGCCGUGGAAACCGGCCGCUCGCCCGUCGACUUAAAUACCCCCCUGGCCCACCCUGAGUGCCUACCCCUUGAACGGUGGCCGAUCUCCUCUUCUCCUCCAUCGCCCUCUCUUUCUUCCCCCACACAAUGGCCGUCAUCGAUGUCACCAAAGAUCUGUCGGCUCUCUUUAGCAAACAGGUCCAGGCCACUCCCGAUGCAAUCGCUCUGGAGGAUGACAAAACUACAUACACCUAUGCAGAGCUAGAUCGGGCGGUCGACACUCUCACUCUCCGCCUCCGUCACUACGGCGUCGGGCGGGACACCUUGGUCGGAGUGCUGCUCCCGCGCAGCAGUGACUAUGUCAUUGCUUGUCUCGCCGCCCUCCGGGCCGGCGGCGCGUUCCUGGUUCUUGAGCUGGCAUACCCCCCCGACCUCCUGGACGAUGUCAUUCGUGACGGAAACCCAGCAGUAAUCAUUACCUGCCAGGCCGAACUCGGCAAGAUCAAGGCCGACGUCCCCCUCAUUUCGCUGGAUGAACCGGCAUCAGAGACCAACGGUGUGUCGGAGCUGCCUCCUCUCCCAGCGGACGAUGACUUGGAUCGACUAGCCUUCGUUUCAUAUUCGUCCGGUACCACCGGCAAGCCAAAGGGGAUUGCCAACCCCCACCGAGCUCCCGUUCUUUCCUAUAAUCUGCGAUUUGGCGUGCAGGAUCUUACUCCCAGCGACCGCGUCGCGUGCAAUGUCUUCUUCAUCUGGGAGAUCUUGCGCCCGUUGCUGCGGGGAGCGACCGUCGUCGCGGUGCCCGAUGAAAUCAGUUACGACCCGGCUGCGCUGGUCGAGCUGCUCGCGGCGAAGCGUAUCACGGAAACCCUCAUGACCCCCACUCUGCUCGCGACUGUUCUCGCCCGCCAUCCUCACAUCGGCUCUCGCCUGCCGGAUCUCCGCACGUUGUGGUUCAAUGGCGAGGUGGUGACGACGGAUCUCGCCCGUCGAGCGAGCAAGGCCCUUCCAAAGACUCGCUUGCUCAAUUGCUACAGUGCCUGCGAAACCCACGAGAUUGCUUGCGGCGAUAUCCGGGAGAUGAUCGACGAACAGGCGCUAUACUGUCCGGUCGGGCCACCGAUGGACCCGAAGAACACACAUAUUCUCGACGAUAACCAGCAGCCGGUGGAGAACGGGGUGAGCGGGGAGCUGUUUGUGGCUGGUCCACUGCUUGCCCGUGGGUACCUCAACCUCCCCGAGACCACCGCCAAAGCAUUCAUUCAGAACCCCUUUGAUUCACAACCGGGGGCCCGUCUGUACCGAACCGGCGAUCUCGCCCGCCUGCUUCCGUCCGGACUCCUCGAGAUCACCGGUCGCGUGGGGUCGAUGAUCAAAUUGCGCGGAUACUCGGUGGUUCCCGCCAAGGUGGAAAACGAGAUUGUUAAGAACCUUGCGGUCAGCCACUGUGCGGUCGUGGCCCACGGUGAAGGCCUAGAGCGGCAGUUGGUGGCGUACAUUGUGCCCGACCAGGACCAGCCCGCCGGUCGGCCGGUGGUUGAGAUCAACGAGGCGGGCAAUAGCCCCGGCGCGCGUCGCACCCUCGCGCAGUCCCUGGCACACUACAUGAUCCCGUCGCUGUGGGUGACGCUGGACGAGCUGCCGACGCAUGAGGUGACGGGCAAGGUCGAUCUCAAACGCCUGCCGGCCCCGCGCCCCGCCGAUCAUGUCAACGGAAACGGAACGCCCGUGGAGCAAGACCCGAUCGGCAUCGAUCAAGUAGCGGCCAUCUGGGCUGCAGCUCUCAAAACCUCGCGCACCCUGCUCAAGCCCGGCGACGAUUUCUUCGAUCUGGGCGGACACUCCUUGUCUUUGGCGGAUCUUUCCUCGAGGAUGUCUCGACACUUUGGUUUCCGGGUUCCGAUCGCCCGGCUCGCAGAGAACUCGACUCUGACUGGCCACCUUGAGACCGUCCGUGCCAUUAGGGACGGACACACGGCCGCGGUGCAAGCCGACUUACCGGCUGUCCUGCGUGCCGAUGCUACCCUGGACGAUGAUAUCCGACCGUCCAAAGCUACCAUCCGCUCCGUCGACCAGGCCGACACGGUGCUCCUGACGGGUGUGACCGGAUUCCUUGGCGCGUUCCUUCUUCACGACCUGUUGGAGAGUACCUCGGCUCAUAUCAUCUGUCUCGUGCGAUUUACUGAUCCGGCUGACGAUGAUCAGCCUGGUGGAGUGGCGAGAAUUCGUCGAAACCUGCUGGACCUGGGGCUGUGGCGUGAUUCUGUCAUGGAGCGCGUCGAGAUUCUUCCCGGAAACCUCUCCCGCACCCGCUUCGGUCUGUCGCCGGAAGCAUUUGACGAGCUCGCCUCUCGGGUGCAAGUCAUCGUCCAUGCGGCUGCCACCGUCAACCUGGUCUACCCCUAUGCCGCCCUGCGCGGUCCCAAUGUCGGCGGUACACGUGAAAUCCUCCGCCUGGCAUGCAAAGGGGGUGCGACCGUGCAGUACGUGUCCACCAAUGGUGUUCUCCCCCCGUCACUGGAGAAGGGCUGGUCGGAGGACACCAUGUUGGACGUAGAUGAUGUGCCAGAGAAGUUGUUGGAUGGCUAUGGCCAGACCAAAUGGGUGGCUGAGCAGCUUGUGCUGGAAGCCGGUCGUCGUGGGCUCCCCGUGAAGAUCCACCGCGCAGGAACUAUCAGUGGCCACAGCCAGACGGGUGCGGCCAAUGCCUGGGAUCUUCUGUCGGCCUUGAUCGUCGAGUCGAUCAAACUCGGCUACGCGCCGGAUGUAGACGGCUGGCGGGCGGAGAUGACGCCCGUGGAUUUUGUCAGCAAGGCCAUCAUUCAUCUGGCUAGUCAGACGCACGCCGAGCAGACCGUUUUUCAUCUCGGCGAUCCCAACCCGGUUGAUACGCGAUCAGUCUUUGCGGCACUCAAUGAGCUCGGUUAUCCGACCAAGUCUGUGGGCUGGGACGAAUGGGUCUCCCUGUGGAAUGAGAAACGCGGUGCCGUCAAGGGUGGUGACGGUGCCUUUACUGUCGACAUCCUCCGCAGUGGCAUGCCCACGGUGGAGUUCCUCCGGGGCAUUGUGGUGCUGGACAAUGCUGCCACUCGGCCCUUCCGGGCGGUCGUGGAACGGCCCAAGGUGGACCGGGCCUUGCUCGAGACUUACACGCGGCACUGGUUCGCCCGAGGCUGGCUGCCCCGGCCUCCUGUUCGCCAGCAGGCAAAUGGUGUUGCUAAGCCCGCCCACAAGGGCGCUCUGAGCGGCCGGGUGGCCGUGGUGACGGGGGCGUCUUCUGGUAUUGGCGCUGCGGUGGCGGUCGCUCUGGCCCGGGAGGGAUGCCAUGUCGCCCUGGCCGCCCGACGCGUGGACGCCCUCGAAUCCGUCAAGGGCCGGAUCACAGCACAGGGGAGCAAGGCCAUCGUUCGCCAGACCGAUGUCACAAACAAGGCGCAGGUGGAUGGCCUCCUUCAAGCCGCCCACGACGAGCUCGGGCCGGUGGACAUCCUCGUGUCGUGCGCCGGAGUCAUGUACUUUACCAUGAUGGCCAAUGUGCAGACGGAGGAAUGGGAGCGCACGGUCGACGUCAACUGCAAAGGUCUCCUCCACUGCCUGUCGGCGAGCGUGCCGGGCAUGCUCUCGCGCGGAGGUGGCCAUAUUGUGGCGAUUUCCUCUGACGCCGGACGCAAGGUGUUCCCGGGCCUGGGUGUGUACUCGGCCAGCAAGUUUUUCGUCGAGGCCACGCUGCAGUCGCUCCGGCUGGAGACGGCGGGCACGGGUCUGCGGGUGACGAGCGUGCAGCCAGGCAACACGGCGACCGAUCUGCUGGGAAUGUCCACGGAUGCGGAAGCCAUCAAGAAGUACGGCGAGCCGACGGGGGCGCAAAUCCUCGAUCCAGAGGAUGUUGCCAACUCGAUUGUGUACGCGUUGCGCCAGCCGGCCCAUGUGUCGGUGAACGAAGUCUUGAUUGAGCCGCGGGACGAGCCGAUCUAGUGGAAUGGAAGUUAGAGUUUAUAGACAUAGAUAUUAUAUAAGGAUAAUGGGAUAAUUUGCAGUUGACGAACUCUAUCUACCUUACUUCAAACAGGAUGCCGC